AUGGAUAUUCCAGCUAUUAUUAUCGUCGGUUUCAAGGACAGUGGAAAGGUUACAUUGGUCAAUAGAAUCACCUCAUUGAUUGGUGACCAAAAGGUUGCUGUUAUCUUUGACACUAUCACAGGCAAGUUACCACCAUCUGUACUCUCACUUGAAGGUGCAAAGAUUUCACAUGAAGCAUGUAUUGUCGAACAUAACAAAGUUAUCUAUACCAACUUGAAUGAAGAUGCUAUUGAAGAAGCUGUUUUGAACAAGUCAAAGAAUGCUCCAGCUGCAGAUAUCAAGGGUUUCGUGUUUGUAAGCAGUUCAUUUGAAACUACCAUGUUUCUCGAUCUCAUGAGAUUCAUCGAUGAAGGUCCACUCGGUAUUAUCUUUUCGAAUAUUGAAUUGAAAAAUAUGAUUAGUGUAGUAGAUACUAGCAAGUUUUUGGAUGACCUCAAGUCAGUCGAUACACUUGGUCAAAGACACGCCGACCUUUUCAUUUUUGAAGAUGAGGAGGAAGAUGAUUGUUGCAAGGACGGUAAAUGCACCAAGACUGCUGAUGAAAAGAAGGAUGACUGUUGUGCUGGUGGAGAAUGUACCAACAAGGCUGAUGAAAAGAAGGAUGUAAAGGAUGACUGUUGCAAAGACGGUAAAUGUACCAAUGCCGAUGAAAAGGAAAAGGAAAAGGAAAAGGAAUGCAAAGAUGAUUGUUGUGAUGAUCACAAUGAAGAAGAAGAAGAGGAUGAAGAGGAUGAUGAAUUGGUUGCCAAAAAAGACGAGUUUGUACAUACUCUGAUCACUGAACAAAUCGAAUCAUCAAUGACUGUAUUCCUCAACAAGAGUGAUAUUGCCGAUGCACAAGAUGUAGCUUUUAUCGAGAGAUUUGUCAAGCUUUUGAUACCAGGUGUCAAGGUGGUCAAUGGCGGCACCAAAUUCUCCAACAUCUCAUUAAAACAACUCUUCCCAACCGACGAGCCAUUUGAAAUCCCAGACUAUGCCUCGGCUAGCGAAUCACACAAUGGUGUCAGUAUCAAUAGAUCCAUGCAACGUGUUCCCAUCCAUCCAGAAAGAUUCCACAAAUUCCUCUUUGAAAAUGGUGAUGAAGAGACUCUCAACGUUCAAAAUACCAAAGGUCUCUUGCUCAUCUCUGGUGAUAUUUGGUUAGCCAAUGAUAUGAUCAAAUAUUACAAGUUUGCUCUUUCACCAGAAGGACUUACCAUUGAACCAAGUAGAGAAUUCUUUAGUGUAAUGGAAGAAAAGGAUUGGCCACAAGAAGAAAACGUAGUAAAGGCAAUUAAAAAGGAUAUUGGAUUAAACACUUACCAAGACAGAAAGAAUGACCUUACCUAUUUUGGUGCUGAAACCAACGGGUUUGACACUGAGGCAUUCAAAAAGGGUCUCCAAGCAUGUAUGCUCACCGACGAGGAAUUAAAGAUGGGUCCAAAUGAAUGGAAACAAUUCAAAGAUCCACUUGCUCAACUCAUUGAAGAAAUGAAUGAAUUGGAUUUAAUUGAUGAAGAAGAAGAAGGUGAAGAUGAUGAAGAUGAACAAGACGAAGAAUAA